AUGGACCCCCCCGGGGCCAAGCGGAGCCGGGGCUGCCCCGCGGGACCCGAGGAGCGCGAGGCCGUGGCCGGGGCCGUGCGCGGCCGGGGCCGGCCCGAGGCGCUGCUGGACCUCAGCGCCAAGCGAGUGGCCGAGAGCUGGGCCUUCGAGCAGGUGGAGGAGCGGUUCUCCCGAGUGCCAGAGCCGGUCCAGAAGCGCAUUGUGUUCUGGUCGUUUCCACAAAGCGAACGGGAGAUAUGUAUGUACUCGUCACUGGGCUACCAGCCCCCCGAGGCUGAGCAGGACGUCCGGGUGCCUUUCACCCGCGGGCUGCACCUGCUGCAGAGCGGGGCGGUGGACCGCGUGCUGCAAGUGGGGUUCCAUCUUAGCGGGAAUGUCCGGGAGCCGGGGCCCCCGGGAGAGCCCGAGCGUGUCCACCACGUCUCCGUCAGCUUCGACCGCUGCAAGAUCACGUCGGUGAGCUGCGGCUGCGACAACCGCGACCUCUUCUACUGCGCGCACGUGGUGGCCCUGUCGCUGUACCGCAUCCGGCACGCCCGCCAGGUGGAGCUGCGGCUGCCCAUCUCCGAGACGCUCUCCCAGAUGAAUCGGGACCAGCUGCAGAAGUUCGUGCAGUACCUCAUCAGCGCCCACCACACCGAGGUGCUGCCCACUGCCCAGCGCCUGGCUGACGAGAUCCUGCUCCUGGGCUCCGAGAUCAACCUGGUGCAUGGCGCCCCAGACCCUACAGCAGGCGCCAGCAUUGAGGACGCCAACUGCUGGCACCUGGACGAGGAGCAGGUCCAGGAGCAGGUGAAGCAGCUGCUGUCCAACGGCGGCUACUACGGCGCCAGCCAGCAGCUGCGCUCCAUGUUCAGCAAGGUGCGGGAGAUGCUGCGGAUGCGGGACUCCAACGGGGCACGCAUGCUGAUCCUCAUGACAGAGCAGUUCCUGCAGGACCCGCGCCUGGCGCUGUGGCGGCAGCAAGGGGCCGGCAUGACGGACAAGUGCCGGCAGCUGUGGGACGAGCUGGGGGCCCUGUGGGUCUGUGUCGUCCUGAGCCCCCACUGCAAGCCGGAGGAGCGGGCAGGCUGGCUCCAGCUGCUCCGCAAGUGGGACAAGCUGGAUGUGUGUCCACUGGAAGAGGGCAACUACUCCUUUGAUGGUCCCAGCCUGCAGCCCGCCACGGCCACCUGCCCAGGCCCGGAGGUGGAGGCAGCAGGCUCCCGCCGCCACACGGUGUUAGGCCGCGCCCUGCAGGCCGGGGAGCUACACUGGAGUGACGCCCACCUGCAGCGGAUUCUGACUAGUGACACGCACGGCCCCAGCCUCAAAGGCAACAUGGGCGGCGACAAGCCGGCCUUCGACCCCCAGGGCCGCCCGCUGUGGCUGGGCGAGCCCUUCCCCACCGCCUGCGCCCGCGUGGACACCCUGCGAGCCCACGGGUACCCCCGCCAGGCGCUACGGCUGGCCGGCGCCAUCGUCAACACGCUGCGGCUGCAGCGGCGGCACCAGCUGGAGAGCUACAAGCAGCAGAAAAAAGAGCUGCUCCAGAAAGGCUCCACCAGCAUCACCAACACGGAGGGCUGGGUGGGCCACCCACUGGAUCCCAUUGGCUGCCUCUGCAGGGCGCUCCUGGAGGCCUGUCGCCUGGAGGAGGACCCCUUCUCCCUUUACCCAGGCCCUGAGAAGCAGAAGGUGGCUUACCAGCACGUGCCAGUCCCCGGGAGCCCCGGCGAGUCCUACAUCGCGCUGAUGCUGGAGGUGGCCCUCCUGGGCCUGGGGCAGCAGCGGGCCCUGCCCGAGGGGCUGUACGCCCAGGACAAGGUGGUGCGCAACGAGGAGCAGCUGCUGGCCCUGCUGGAGGAGGUGGAGCUGGACGAGCGGCUCGUGCAGGUGCUGCGCAAGCAGGCCGGGCUGCUGCUGGAGGGAGGGCCCUUCAGCGGCUUCGGAGAGGUGGUGUUCCGGGAGAGCGCCCCCAUGCACACCUGCGCCCGCUACCUGUUCACCGCGCUGCUGCCCCACGACCCCGACCUGGCCUACCGCCUGGCGCUGCGGGCCAUGAGGCUGCCCGUACUGGAGACCACUUUUCCAGCCGGAGAAUCUCAACCCACCCCCCUGGACUCCAUCCUGAGCAACCGCUUCCCGCGCUGGUUCAUCCUCGGCCAUCUGGAGACCCGCCAGUGUGAGCUGGCCUCCGCCAUGCUGACGGCCGCCAAGGGAGACCCCAAGUGGCUGCACGCCGUGCUGGGCUCCAUCCAGCAAAACAUCCACUCGCCGGCACUGCUGUUCAAGCUGGCGCAGGACGCCUGCAAGACGGCCACCCCGGCCAGCGCGCCGCCGGACGCCACGCUGCUGGGCCUGGCGCUGGAGCUGGGACUGCAGGUAAUGCGGAUGACACUGAAAACCAUGACGUGGCGCCGGCGGGAGAUGGUGCGCUGGCUGGUGAGCUGUGCCACCGAGAUUGGCCCCUCGGCCCUGAUGAACAUCAUGCAGAACUGGUACUCCCUGUUCACACCCGUGGAAGCUGCCACCAUCGUGGCCGCCACGGGCACGACUCACAGCACGCUGCUGCGGCUGCAGCUGGACGGGCCCCGGCGGGAGGAGCUCUGGGCCUGCGCCCGCACCCUGGCCUUGCAGUGUGCCAUGAAGGACCCCCAGAACUGUGUCCUGCCCGCGCUGACCCUCUGUGAAAAGAACCAGGCGGCCUUCGAGGCGGCCUACCAGAUUGUGCUGGACGCGGCCGCCGGCGGCCUGGGCCACGCGCACCUCUUCACCGUGGCCCGCUACAUGGAGCACCGCGGCCUGCCACUGCGCGCCUACAAGCUGGCCACGCUGGCCCUGGCGCAGCUCAGCAUCGCCUUCAACCAGGACAGCCACCCGGCCGUCAACGACGUGCUGUGGGCCUGCUCGCUCAGCCACUCGCUGGGGCGCCACGAGCUCUCCGCCAUCGUGCCGCUCAUCAUCCGCAGCAUCCACUGCGCCCCCAUGCUCUCCGACAUCCUGCACCGCUGGACCCUGUCGGCACCGGGCCUGAGCCCCCUGGGCGUCCGCCGGGCCGCCAAGCCCCUGGGCGCCGACCGGGCGCCCCUCUGCCAGCUCCUGGACGCCGCCGUGGCAGCCUACGUGGCCACCAGCCACUCACGCCUCACGCACAUCAGCCCGCGGCACUACGGCGACUUCGUUGAGUUCCUGGGCAAGGCCCGCGAGACCUUCCUGCUGGCGCCCGACGGGCAUCUCCAGUUCACCCAGUUCUUGGAGAACCUCAAACAGACGUACAAGGGCAAGAAGAAGCUCAUGCUUCUGGUGCGGGAGCGUUUUGGCUGAGGAGCAGUGGAGGUGCCCCCCUUUUGGCCCUGCCUCCCCAGCAGACGCUGGAGGUCCAUGUGGCAUUUCAGUAUUAAGUCAGGGAAGGAGAUGGGCUGGGGCAGGGUGGUCUUGCCUGCCCACCUCCCACCCAUACCCCCCCCCAACCCAGCUGAAGGUGGGGACAGGGAGGGGGGUGACCUCCCACACAUGUGCCUCGGAAUGUGCCAGACGUGAGGAUAAGGAAGCCAUAGGCCAACAUGUGUAAGCCCGGAAAGGGGGUGCAUGCUUGGGCAGCGGGUUAGGACCCCACCCCCAGCCCACUGAGCACCCCAAAAGCCACAGGCAAGCUCUCCUUCCCCAGACCACAGGCCUUGGCUCUAGGGGGCUGGCUGGGAGGCAGGACUUUCCAGAAACCGAUGUAGCAGAACCCACAGUCACGCACACAUGCACACACGCACCCCUCAUUGCCUCGGGGGCCCCGUUCUGUCACCCUGUGCCCCCUUCCAGGCUGCUCAGCCGGGAGCAGUGCCCCCCCUUCCCCUUCCCCCACCAGUGAAGGAUUUGAACGGGCCUGGGGCCUCAGCCACAUACCUCAACCCCCCUUCCCAGCCCCCGUCCAGCGGGGGCUCCCCCUUCCUUUGGGCACCAGGGUCCCAGCGGGGCUGGGGUCCUUGCUGCCCCUUCCCCCCAACUUCUAGUCACUGGACACAACUCAGGAACUCAAGCGAGACCCCCGCUGCCCUCCCACCCUGGUGCCGGGGAGGGGGGGCCCCAGGAACCCCAUCCGGUCAUCGCUCAGAGAUUUGGAAAGCAGAAAGGCCGGCGCCUUGGCAUAUCCUGUCUGUCUGUCUGUCUCCCUGUUUCACCCUUGUCCUCCCGCCGACCCCUCUCGGUUCCGCUUGCCUUAGUGUCCCAGCUGCUGCCCCUGCGGCCUCCCUGUCCCCCACCCGCCCCGCUGACCCCUCUGCCUUCUCUCCUCUUGUGUAUCACGGUCACUAGACCGUGUCGUUUUGUAACUAUUUUUUUUCCUAUUUAUU